AAUUCCUUGUGUGUCCAAUCACACUGGGCCAAUUAAGAAUUCUAUUCUAUUCUUCUAUUCUAAAGAGAGAUAGAGAUAUAUAGAUAUAGAUAUACAUACUGCAAAUUUAGGGAAAGAAAAAUGGCAGCAACGGAUGUGUAUUUGUAAAUAAGAAAAAUGAAGCUGGCUUUUUUGCACGAUUUAUCCAGCCUAUCCGUUUUAUGAAGAAGAAAUGGACACAGUAAUAGAUGCUGGUUUUUUUUUUAACAGACAGAUUAACUGCGUUGGAAGGGACCUUGGAGGUCAUCUAGUCCAACCCCCUGCUCACACAGGAAACCCUAUACCAUUUCUGACAAGUGGUUGUCCAGUCUCUUUUGAAAAGCCCCCCCAUCCCUACUUUUUUAGUGUUCUUUAUAAGAAUACCUACUUCUGUCUUUUGGGGGGAAAUUGGACUAAAGCUGCUUCUGGUCAUUAUAGAAAUUAAUCACUGUAGAAACAUUAUUUUAAAUAAUAGGGUUCUGUUAACAUUUCCUUUGUUCAGCCCGGACAUUGAUCUUGGGAUUAAUCUGGAAGGAUGCCUUCAUUCCUGAAAAGGGCAUUAUAUAUCUCCAUCAUGCGUCCGAUGCCCCACAAUACUUCUUUUCUUUCGUAUCUUUCUCUUCUGACAUUAAAACCAUCUCUAAAUCAUGCUGCUCCCUCAAGGAAAUAUUGCUCCAGGACAAACAAGGAUACAGUGGAUAUGUCCUUGUUCCCUGCAGAAAAUAUUCGAAAUUUUAGCAUAGUAGCCCAUGUGGAUCAUGGAAAGAGUACAUUAGCUGAUCGGCUGCUGGAAAUAACAGGAGCAAUUGCCAAAGCUGACCAUAAUAAGCAGGUGCUGGAUAAAUUGCAAGUGGAACGCGAAAGAGGCAUUACGGUGAAAGCCCAGACGGCUUCCCUCAUUUAUAACCACCAAGGAACAAAUUAUCUCUUAAAUCUCAUCGAUACACCGGGUCAUGUGGAUUUUAACUAUGAAGUGUCACGGUCACUGUCGGCUUGCCAAGGAGUCCUGUUGAUUGUAGAUGCAAACCAGGGUAUACAGGCUCAAACUGUAGCCAACUUUUACCUUGCAUAUGAAGCCCAGCUCUCAAUCAUUCCUGUUAUAAAUAAGAUUGACCUCAAGAACGCAGAUCCAGAGAUGGUUGAAAAUCAGAUUGAGAACACCUUUGAUAUCCUCAAAGAAGAUUGCAUUAGAAUUUCAGCUAAACUUGGAACAAACGUUGAAAAAAUCCUUCAGGCGGUGAUUGAAAGGAUUCCCCCGCCCGUGAUUGAUAUCCAUGAGCCCUUGAAAGCCUUGGUCUUCGAUUCGACCUUUGACACUUACCGAGGAGUGAUCGCCAACAUUGCACUGUUUAGUGGAGAAAUCCACAAGGGCCACAAGAUCACAACGUCUCACACUAAGAAGGUUUACGAAGUGAAUGAAGUAGGAAUUCUGACGCCCGAUGAGCAGCCGACUGGUAAACUAUACGCCGGCCAGGUUGGCUAUAUGAUUGCUGGGAUGAGAGAGAUUAUGGAUGCCCAAAUAGGAGAUACGGUCUAUUUGCAGAACCAGCCAGUGGAACCGUUCCCUGGGUUUAAAUCCGCAAAACCCAUGGUCUUUGCAGGCGUUUUUCCAACGGACCAGUCCGAAUAUUCUAACCUGAAGGGGGCCUUGGAGAAACUGACCCUCAAUGACUCCAGUGUCACCGUUCAGCGUGACAACAGCCUGGCUUUGGGGGCCGGGUGGAGGUUGGGAUUCCUUGGCCUUUUACAUAUGGAAGUUUUUAAUCAGCGCUUGGAACAAGAACACAACACCUCGGUCAUUUUGACAGCUCCCACCGUUCCAUACAAGGCGAUCCUUUCUUCCCCAAAAUUGAUAAAGGAAUAUCGGAAAGAGGAAAUCAUGAUCGUGAAUCCCGCAGAGUUUCCUGAUCAUUCCAUGGUGAAAGAAUACUUGGAGCCGAUAGUUUUAGGCACUAUAGUGACCCCUAAAGAAUAUAUUGGAGAAAUAUUAGCUCUUUGCCAGACUCGAAGAGCGGUUCAGAAGGACAUGGUGUACAUGGAUGAACACAGAGUCAUGAUGAUUUAUCUCUUCCCGCUGAAUGAAAUCGUGGUGGAUUUCUUUGAUGCGCUAAAAUCCUUGUCAUCUGGUUAUGCCAGCUUUGACUAUGAAGACGCAGGAUACCAGCCCGCAGAUCUUGUCAAAAUGGAUAUUUUUUUAAAUGGAAAAUCUGUGGAAGAGCUGAUAACUAUUGUACCUCGAGAGAAAGCCUACUCUGUUGGUAAAUCUAUGUGCGAGCGAUUAAGAGACCUCAUUCCAAGGCAAAUGUUUGAAAUAGCUAUCCAGGCAGGUCUCGGCAACAAAAUCAUUGCAAGAGAAACGGUGAAAGCUCUUAGGAAAGAUGUUCUGGCAAAAUGUUACGGAGGAGACAUUACAAGGAAAAUGAAGCUUUUGAAGAGGCAAGCUGAAGGGAAGAAGAAGAUGAGGAGAAUUGGGAACGUAGAGGUGCCAAAGGACGCUUUUAUCAAAGUUCUCAAGAAGCAGCUUGACAGAUAGCUUCCAGCUGUUUGCAGAGUCCAGCUGGUGAGAACUGUUGAGCCAGCAGUUUGCAAACCGGGUAUCACCCUGAACUGGAUCUCAUCUAUUCGUGUACGAAUUUGACACCACGUCUAAUGGGAGCUGUUCAAUAAAGCAGCAAAACUAAAAAUCUAAAAUAUAGUUUAGCAUCCGAAUUUAGUGACCUAGGCUUCCCAAAAUCAUGAAGCCGACUCCUCAUCCCAAUAAAACCCCUUUACCCCUUUUAUUUAGGUUAAAGGGAAUUCCUCUCCAGCAAAGUCCCGGCAAACAGUCUUCCAUGAGAUUUCACAACUGCAGACCUUUAUCAGUUUUGGAGCUGCC